UCCAGGGAGAGAGAGAGAGAGAGAGAGAGAGCAGUAAUGGCGGCCGGUUAGAGCCAUACACAAACACCGUCCGCAAACAGCCGCUCUCACCGCACCGCGCUCCGGGGGGCAGCUAGCCUCACACACUGCGGCGGAGCGACACACACGGAGCGGAUACACCGACUCUAACGGAGAGAGGGGGGGGGGAACCGGACCGGGCGGGAAUCAUUUCAGUUGGACCGUUUGCUGCCUGGGACUUUCCUUCUACUUUUCUAAAAAAAAACAACAUGGAUGAGCACCCCGGCGGAGGAGGAGGGGUCGGAUCCCAGAGACAACCUCCACAGUCAGGGAGCAAUAAUGGAGGUGGUGGAGGAAUCAUGGUGCCGCACCAGCCGGACGAGAUGCCCCGGCAGCAGUACACCAUCCCCGGCAUCCUGCACUACAUCCAGCACGAGUGGGCCCGCUUCGAGAUGGAGAGAGCGCACUGGGAAGUGGAGAGGGCCGAGCUCCAGGCGAGGAUAGCGUUCCUUCAAGGCGAGAGGAAAGGUCAGGAGAACCUGAAGAACGACCUGGUUAGAAGAAUAAAAAUGUUAGAAUAUGCUUUAAAACAGGAAAGAGCAAAGUACCACAAGUUAAAAUACGGCACAGAGUUAAACCAAGGAGAGAUGAAGAUGCCAAGCUUUGAAUCAGACGCCAAAGAGUCCGAGGUCUCUGCUGUUCCUGCCAACAGUCAGCUCACCUGGAAGCAAGGGAGGCAGCUCCUCAGACAGUACCUGCAGGAGGUGGGAUACACAGACACCAUCCUGGACGUUCGUACGCAGAGGGUCCGCUCUCUGCUCGGCCUGUCGGGCUCCGAGCAGAACGGAUCCGUGGAGAACAAGAACCUGCAGCACCUCAUCAACGGAACCGAGCGCCGCAAGGACAGCAAGAGGAGUCCAGGCGACGUUCUGGAGACGUUCAAUUUCCUGGAGAACGCAGAGGACAGCGACGAAGACGAGGACGAAGAGGGAGACCUGAUGGACGAUAUCAGCACAGACAAACAUCACAGAGCCAAGAAACACAAGACCAAGGUGGGGAACGAGGGCUUGGCCUCGGAGGACGACGCCGACACGGAGGAGGCUCUGAAGGAGUUUGACUUCCUGGUGACGGCGGAGGACGGAGAGGGAGCCGGAGAGGCUCGGAGCUCCGGAGACGGGACCGAGUGGGCGGAGCCUCUCCCGUUCCCUCCCGGCGGGGGGAAGUCCUUCCUGUUGGGCGGCGACGACGUGAUGGAGAGCGUGCUGGGGCUGGGCGACCUCGCCGACCUCACCGUCACCAACGACGAGACGGACUACAGCUACGAUCUGCCGUCCAAUAAGGAGUCCUCGUUCAGGAAGACGUGGAACCCGAAGUACACGCUGCGGAGCCACUUUGACGGCGUGCGGGCGCUGGCCUUCCACCCCGUGGAGCCCUGCCUGGUCACCGUGUCCGAGGACCACACCCUCAAACUGUGGAACCUCACCAAGACCGUCCCCGCCAAAAA